CUAUUCACAAAGAGAAACCUGAAAAGCCAGAAAAACAUGAAAAGAAAGCACCUUCUAAAGCAAUUCAGAAAGGCAAACCUGAAAGACAUGAAAAAGAUGAAAAGAAAUCUCCUCUCAAAGAGGAGAAGAAAGUAAAGAGCACUAAAGUGGAAGCAAAAGUUAAAAAGGAAGUGAUGAAGGAUGGAAAAGGAGAAGCAAAGACUGCUGAGAAGGUCAAGCAGGCAGAAACUAAAACAACAGAAGUUGGGUUAAUAAAGGCCAAACCGAAAGUUAAAGAGGAGAAAGCUCUUCAGACUGUAACUAAAUCGGAAAAGAAAGAUCAAUAUGCAUUCUGUCGAUAUGUGAUUGACAUGUUUGCGCAAGGGAAUUUUUAUCCAGGACACAAGGAAAUGGUACCACCUCGUCUUCUUCUAGAACACAGCCCAAGAAAGAAACCAGCAGCUAUUGAAGAGAGAAAAGAAGAAAAGAAAAAGGUUGAUGUAAAGAGGGCUACAACUGAAACUAAGAAGAAAGAAAAAGAAGGGAAAAAAGAGAAAGCUCAUGAGAAGACAGCUGUCCCUGAAAUUAAAAAAGAAG